CCCCCUUUCCAAAUUUAAAGGGGGCGCAGCAUUCACGCGUCCCGCCCCAGGUGCCCUCUCAGGGGUCUCCCCGCCCGAGCUGCCCCGCCGCCGAGGAACAUGGAGAAGGUGGAGCAGGUCCUGCGCCUCGAGCCGCAGCACGAGCUCAAAUUCCGAGGUCCCUUCUCCGAUGCUGUCACCACCAACCUGAAGCUUGGCAACCCAACAGAUCGAAAUGUGUGGUUUAAAGUGAAGACCACGGCACCAUGUAGGUACUGCGUGAGGCCCAACAGUGGGAUCGUUGAUGCAGGGGCCUCGAUUAAUGUAUCUGUGAUGUUACAGCCUUUCGAUUAUGAUCCCAAUGAGAAAAGUAAACACAAGUUUAUGGUUCAGUCUAUGUUUGCUCCAACUGACACUUCUGAUAUGGAAGCAGUAUGGAAGGAGGCAAAACCGGAAGACCUUAUGGAUUCAAAACUUAGAUGUGUGUUUGAAUUGCCAGCAGAAAAUGAUAAACCACAUGAUGUAGAAAUAAAUAAAAUUAUACCCACAACUGCAUCAAAGACAGAAACACCAAAGGUGUCUAAAGCUCUGAGUUCCUCCUUGGAUGACACUGAAGUUAAGAAGGUGAUGGAAGAGUGUAAGAGGCUGCAGAGCGAAGUCCAGAGGCUGUGGGAGGAGAACAAGCAGUUCAAGAAGGAAGACGGACUUCGGAUGAGGAAGACAGUGCAGAGCCACAGCCCCAUUCCCGCGUCAGCCACGGCUGGGAAGGAGGAGGGCCUGAGCACCCCGCUGCUGGCGUUGGUGGUCCUCUUCAUCGUUGGCGUGAUCAUAGGGAAGAUCGCCUUGUAGAGGCAGCAUGCGAGACGGGGAUUGGAUUGAUGGGUCCACCAUAGUGUGGGAUUUAAAUUUAUCAUAACCACGUGUAAAGAGAAAUUCAUGUAUGAUGACAUC